AUGAAAUAUGUUGCAACUUGGAGCAAAUAUGAUAAGUCAAUUUAUGGGUGGCCGGUUGUAGAAGGGAAGCAACGAUUAGACUUUGAUAAUUCAAUUUCUAGUCAAGAUCUUAAAGAUAUACCAGUUCAUGUUACUAGUAAUGAUCUUAGGGAUAUACCAGCUCAUGCUAUCAAUUAUGUUGACGAUUUUUCUGAGGUUACCGGAAUCAUCGAUCUAAAAACAAAAUUAUUACAAAAAUUUAAUGCUCAAGGUUUAUCUAAACUUUUUACUUAUGAAACAGUCCGUUUUCUUGAAAAUGGUAAUUUAACUAUUGUAAAAGGAGAUCCAAUUUAUCGAGCUUACAUUUUUUCACAUACAAAUUCUAAUGAUGAAUAUCAGUGGAAAUGUAUAAAUGUUAUCGAUCUCAAAGAUUUUUACAAAUGUUUCGUUCUUCCAAAAGGAAAGUUAUUACUUUUAUCAGAAAUACCUUUUGUAAUCUCACAAUGGGAUUUGAAAUCUUUAAAAUUUGAAGCUCAAUAUGUAUUAGAUUUGAAUGUGUUUAAAGAUAAAGAUUAUAUAGAUUUACAAUUGAAUAUUGAUAACACAUUAUUAGCAGUAUUUAAUCAUAAGCAAGAUGCUAUUAAUCUUUAUUCAACAAGAACAAGUAUUAUGAUCUCGAAAUAUGUAUUCAAAAAUAAAAAUACGUAUGGAAUAAUUGGUGUAAAUUUUAUUUCAUCAAAGAAUAAAGAAUACUUGCUUGUUAAAUUUUAUAAAAUUGUUUAUAUUCUGGUUCCAUAUUCCAAUCCCGUAGAUGCAAGUAAAUUAUUACAACUUAAAUUAGAUGACGAUCUGAAUAGUCAAGACGAAAAAUACCUAUAUCCUAAUGCUAUUACCUCUGAUUUUAUUGUGGGUGUCUGGAAUAAAAAUUUAUGGAUUCAAUGUCUAAUUCGAGAGACUAAAGAAUGGACUGAUUAUUUGCAUCAAAAUUUCAAUGAUUAUAAUAAAAUUCAUACUUAUUUCUGUACAAAUGAAAUAGAAAACAUGAUUAAAACUACUUUGACAAAAGUUAAAUCUUGUUUAGCAAAUAAUUCCAUUAGAAUAUUAACAAAAAAAUUUCUUGUUGGAUACGUAUAUGCUUGGAUCGUUAAGGAGACCGAAGAUCAUAUUUAUCUAACAGCCUGGAAGUUUAAUCAUAAAAAUUCAGUAUGGAAUAAAGUUGGAAAUAUGAUACAGAGUUAUCCAUCUGAGCUUAAACAGCUUUCUAGUGGAGAUUUAAUGGCAAUUUCAAUAAGAGGUAUAUUCAUUUGGACAGCAUGUGGGAGUGAUAAAAUAAAUUUAAAUUAUUAUUGGGGUUCUAUUGAUAUCACUAAACCUAAUCAAAUUUAUUAUAAAUCAAUCAUUGACCAGCUUGAUUUUCUUAAUGAUAAAUUGGUUUUUUCACAAAAUUAUUUUCCUCCACCAAGUAUCGAUCAAUUAGUCUCUCAUCCGUUGCUUGCUUGUCAUAUGGACAUAAUAACUAGAGAAUUGUUUUUAUUUGAUGAUUUAUUAGAAUAUUACAUUGAUGAUAUGUUCUUUUUAUCAUUAUACGGAACGAUCAUAAUUAGAGAAUUAAUUAAAAGCAAAAAAUAUGAAAAAGUUGGGAAAACAUUUUAUUAUUUUCUUGAACAGGCUUUAGAAUCAAUGCGAGAUGGAAAUAUUUACACAUUCACAGAAUUAAUUGAUAACAUUUCAGCCUUACUUUUAGAUUUAGAAUUCUUUGAUGAAAAUUUUGGUUUUGCAGAUCACUAUUUAUCAAAAACUGCAUUAUUACUUCCUGAUCAUUUUGAAGAAGUAUUUUUAAUUCAAUAUUGGGGAUUUUGUAAAGCCAAAUAUCCACUAUUUGGUAAAAUUGUUAAUUCGUUUUAUUCAACUUAUUUUAUUUCAUAUCCUCGACCAACUGUCAAAUUAAUGGUUCCUACGGCAAAUUUUGCUACUUAUUCUAAUGAUUAUUCUACGUGGGAAGAAUUAAUUUGUCCACCAACUAAUUUUUUUAUUUCUUUAAAUUCACCUGAUCAAUUUAAAUGGUGGAAUAUUAAAGCUCUGAUCAACUUUAAGUGGAACACUUAUGGAAGAUUUUAUUAUUACGUAAAUUGGAUUAUUUAUACGGCAUUUAUGUUAAGUUUUACCAUUAUAGCAACUAUACCACCAGAUACGAUAACUUUGGUUCAUUCUCAAGUUUAUCAAACAAUAUCAAUUAUUCUUGGUUUCUUUUUUCUUACUUUUGAAAUUCGUCAAUUCUUAUUUGACCCUUCUACUUAUCUUUAUAGUUUUUGGAAUUGGAUCGCACAACGAAUUUUUUCAUUUAUUGUAGUUUUAGGAAUUAUGGUUUUAAUAUUUGCACAUUCUUUACAUUUAUUAUUAAGACCUACCUCUAAUUAUUCUUAUAAUCAACCAAGUUAUACUGAUGAUGUUAAUAAUCCUUGGAAUUUAGCUCCUAGAUAUCAAUCUAUUUUAUCUAAUGGUACAAUUGAAAAUGAAUCUUCUCUUAUUGAAACUCCAGAUGCGAAUACAAAUCUUUUUGCACUAUUUAGUACUGCAAUUGUUGCUGUUUAUUUCAUGUUAACAGAUUCAAGUUCAGUUUCUCCUUGGGUUUUAAAAGAUAACCCGACAUUAGUCUUAUUAUUAGCCAUGUUUUCUUUUUUUACAACAAUUUAUUUGAUGAAUUUAUUUAUUGGAUUACUUGGCAUGGCAAUUAAUGAAACAAAUAACGUUGAAUCAUUUUUGCAAUUAAAAGGAGAGGUAUUGGCAGAAAUUGAACUUUUUUGGAUGUUACCUUAUCAAAGAAGAAGAAAAGAUUGGUUUCCUGAUAUUUUAUAUUAUGAAGCUUCAAUUGAAGAACUUCAAAAAUUUGUUAAAGAGGCACAAGAUGAAAAUCAAGAUACAUUUCCAUCUUAUCUGUCUGAUUCAAUUUUUAGGAUUUCAGGAGUUGACAAACCACUUGAAAAAAAGACUAAAGAUAUUGAAAUUAAAAUUGAUAAAUUUGAAGAAAAACUUGACAAAAUUAUUAAUACGCAUAGGUUUGAUGAAAAACUUAACAAAAUUCUUGAAAA